AUGAGACCACGCAAAAGAACCCGACUAUCGACGCGGUUGGCUGAAGAAGCCAAGGAAGAGAAGCCUGAGGUUGUGUCUGUCAAGGAGGCCACUCCUCCGCCCCCCUCACCGCCACCAAGACCGCUUUCGCCACCACGAUAUCCGUAUGUCGAUGUCAAAGGCGAGGAGAUUGAGGUGCGAUCUCUGGAUCCCAAGACUCUGGGCGAGCUGAACGCGUCGUCGGAUCUAUCGGUGCGCCACUAUUAUCGCCAAUCACGUGAGACGUGGCUGGAGGGCGAAAUGUUUGACAAGUUCUGGACCCGUCCGCAACGAGGCAAGAAGCUGGCUGGAGGAGAAGUGAAUGCUCGAGAGCGAAUGAGCAAGCUAUGCGAGUGCACGUUGAGCAUUGGGCCCCACGAUUUCGAUGUGAAACUGUUUCUGGUGACUGACGACACACCUAUAGACAAUACCCCAAGUGAUGAUGAAGAAGCACGUCAGCUAGACGUUAUGAUUGGAGUGGAGGACGAUAAGGAAGACUCAAAGAGAGAAAAGCCUAAGAGGAACAAAGUGGAGGAUGGAGGAACCAAACGGGGCCCUGGACGCCCUCCCAAGCAGACUAACCCUGAUAAGUCGCCUGUUGUAGGCCAGCCUUUACCAGGUGCAAUGUCGCCAAAUGUACCAGGCCCUAUGACACCAGGUGCACAAACGCCACCAAUGGUGCAACACAUGUCUCCUACAAUGGGUCCUCCGAUCCAUCCUCCACCACCUCAAAUGGAGGCUCCCCCGGUUCACAUGGAAUGGUACAACCCCAAUGGAACGGGAUUCAAAGUGAACCCCUUUCCCCAGGGGUCCCCCCUCGCGCAGCAGUAUGCGUUGAAGAUGCAGCAGGCGGCUAGGCAGCAACAGAACCCUGGACAGACCCCACAGGGUCCGGCUCAGGGUCCAGCUCAGGGUCCAGCUCAGGGUCCAGCUCAGGGUCCAGGCCACAGUCCCAUGGGUAGUCCGGGCUCUCCACAGCCCCCCACUCAGGGCUCUCCACAGCUUCCACCCCAGGGCUCACAUCAGAGCUCUCCACAAGCCCCUCCGCAAGGGUCGCCUCUUGCUGCCCCUCCUGUCACUGCAGCUACCAAUAGAGGUCAGGAACCUGCUGGAGCUAGUCAGAGCCCAUCUGUGCAACCGCAGCAGGUUGCAGAACCAAACACUCAACCAACUGCGUCUGAAGGGGCUGAGGUUGACAAGAAACUGAUUCAAGGAAAUGCCGAGCCAAAGAUGGAGUCGAAGGGGGAGGAUAAAGAGGAACUAAAAGAAGUCAAGGAAUCAAACGACAACAAAACAAUCAACUUGGAAAAGCCCGAGACUACACCCUCAAAUGACUCGAAGCCUGAUGAAGAUGUUGAAAUGAAGGACGUGGAGGAGAGUAGGGACAAGGGCAAGCAGAAGGAGAACGUGAAGGAGGAAAAAAACGAAGAAAAUAAGGAGAGUAAGGAGAACAAGAAAGACAGGGAGGAGAAGGAAAACGACAAGGAAGGAGUCAAGGAAGAAACAGAAAUGGUCGUUGAGGAGAAGGCUAAGGAGAAGGAUGUUCCCGAGGGGACUGCGGCCAAGGAGGUCUCUGGGGAGAGACCUGAUGACGGCAAAAAGUCGUCGGAAAAGAAGGCUGAGCCAACCGUAUCGAAACCAGCUCCUAAAACGACCAAAAAAGGAGCCGCCAACGAAGCUCUCUCCACUCCGGCUAACCAGGCGAUGAUUGCCAAGCUGCACGCGAUUGCCAACUUCAACAAGCACCUGAGCCAGCUAAUGAAGACGGUAGCGAGCGGAAAGGCUGCGGCGCCACAGAUCCAGGAGUUCCAAAAGUACAUCAACAAGGCGCGCAUCAUGGCCGAGCAGAAUAUACCUGUGAACGCCAUGACGUCGGCCGGUCCAAAUGUACCGUCAUUCAAGGCAAGGGAGGAGAAGCCACGUGACGAGGCCAAGCGCAAAGAUGACGGCAAGAGCGGGAAGCAGCAAUCAAAGCAGGUGAGACCAUUGGUUCCAAGUGGAGUGCAAAGUGGAGGUCCUUCAAGUAGUCCAGGAAGUGGUAGUCCACCUGCUGGCGGUCCCGGAAACCCUCAGCCGCCUCCUGGAUGGGCUCCUGGUCAGCCCGGAUUCCAGGGACCUCCUCCAGGCCACCCAGCUUUUCAGGGCCCACCUCCUGGUCAUCCUGCUUUCCAGGGCCCACCUCCUCCAGGGUGGCACGGGCCGCCAGGACACGGACCCCCUCCACCUGGAUGGCAGGGUCCUCCACCUGGAUGGCACGGCCCUCCUCCGGGUCAGUUUCACGGCCCCCCUCCGCCUGGAUGGGCCCCAGGCCACCCCCCACCUCCGGGAUGGGCUCCUCCCCCAGGCUAUUACCCCUUCCCACCUCCUACGUACAUGGGUCCGAUGGGUAUGGGAUACUCGCCAUAUCGGCGUCAAAACAAGGCUCCUCGGCCACCUAAGGUGCCCAAACCGCGCGUGCCAAAGGAACCCAAGCGCAAGGAGGCCAAAACUCCUGCUUUCCUCAAAAACCUGCCGUCCAAGGUCAUUGUGGUGUUCGAAUUCAAGGACAACCCUGUGCACCGUUAUGUGUUGCCACAGGACUCGAUUCUGGAGAUGCGCACCGAGAGCAAUGAGAUUCUCAUCUCGACGCUGCUGGUGUUGGGACACGCGCAUGACUAUUCAGAUAUUCUUCAGAAGCAAAACGAUAUCAAGAGAAGCGAUAUCGAAAAGCAGCGAGAGAAGGAGCGGAAGAAGAAGGAGAAGGCAGAAGCAGCUGCAGAGGCAAAGAGGAAGGCUGCCGAAGCGCCUAAGGCCGCUGAGACGCCAAUGGAAGGUGCUGCAGUUGCGACCCCUGACCCGGCUGAAGUUCCAGGUAUCCCUUCAUCCUCUGCACCCCCCGCUGAUGCCGGCAGCGCGUCUGGUGCUUCUGGUGCCCCAGUUACUCCGGGUACUCCAGGAACCCCAGGUACUCCAGCAUCUGCUCCUUCGGGAGCUGCUCUAGCCAUUCCCAUCCAACCGGAAAAGGAAAAGAAGCAGAAGCGUAAAAAGAAGGCCGACGACGGCCCUGUUACCCUUCUUCCACCCUUCAAACUCCCCAGAAAACAGUACAAAUAUUCGCCUCUUACAAUCUCUCUAUCUCAAGUUCCCUACAAGGCUUCUCCAAUGAUUGCACGAGCAGUGUGGAAACGAAGCAUCGUGGAACCUCGAAUGAAACAGAUCAUGGCACACGGUCUGCGAGACGAGGGAGUGCCCGUCAAGUACAACAUUCCCUUGCCGGUUGUGGAAGACAAGGACGAAAAGAUGGGUAUGGGAGAUGGACUCGAGGAGUUUCAUAUUCCAGACCAUAUCUUGGCGAUGAAGAAGAGGAGUUGGAAGAGGGUGGCGGUAGGCAAUUAG